AAAGGCAAGGGUCCAGCGAUUGGUAUUGACCUUGGAACAACUUACUCAUGUGUUGGUGUUUGGCAACAUGGUUGCGUUGAGAUCAUAGCCAAUGACCAGGGCAACAGAACAACACCGUCCUAUGUUGCUUUUACGAACAAUGGGCGCUUGAUUGGUGAUGCUGCCAAGAACCAAGUCUCCAUGAACCCGACUAACACUGUUUUUGAUGCAAAGCGGUUAAUCGGUAGGAGGUUCAGUGAUGCCUCUGUUAUAAGUGACAUGAAGUUAUGGCCUUUCAAAGUUUGUGGUGUAGGGGACAAACCCAUGAUUGUGGUCAAUUACAAGAGUGUAGAGAAAAAGUUUACCGCUGAGGAGAUUUCUUCGAUGGUUCUAAUAAAGAUGCGUGAAAUAGCAGAAGCUUAUAUUGGGUCAGUUGUAAAAAAUGUUGUUGUAACUGUCCCAGCAUACUUCAAUGACUUUCAACGUCAAGCCACAAAGGAUGCUGGAGUAAUUGCCGGUAUGAACAUCAUGCGCAUCAUCAAUGAGCCAACAGCUGCCGCCAUUGCUUAUGGUCUUGACAGAAAAAGCAGCACUGUUGGUGGAAAGAAUGUUCUUAUUUUUGAUCUUGGUGGCGGUACUUUCGAUGUUUCUCUUGUCAAAAUUGAAGAGGGAGUUUUCGAGGUGAAAGCUACUGCUGGAGAUAACCACCUUGGGGGUGAAGAUUUUGACAAUCGAAUGGUGAACCAUUUUGUACAAGAGUUCAAGAGGAAGCACGGAAAAGACAUUAGCAAUAAUCGCAAAGCAAUAAGGAGAUUGAGAACAAGUUGUGAGAGAGCGAAGAGAACUCUUUCAUCGAGUGUUGAAACAACGAUUGAGAUUGAUUCUUUAUUCGAAGGUAUAAACUUUUACACCACAAUAACCAGAGCAAGAUUUGAGGAGCUCAACAUAGAUCUCUUUACAAAAUGCAUAGAGCCUGUGGACGAGUGUUUGAGAGUCGCUAAAAUGGACAAGAGCAUUAUUCAUGAUAUUGUACUUGUUGGUGGAUCCACUAGAAUUCCCAAGGUACAACAACUAUUGCAAGAUUUUUUUAAUGGCAAGGAGCUUUGCAAAAACAUCAAUCCUGAUGAAGCAGUUGCAUAUGGUGCUGCUGUACAAGCUGCAAUUUUGGGCGGAGAGGGAAAAAUUGAGAAGGUUCAGGACUUACUCUUAUUGGAUGUCACUCCGCUAUCUCUUGGUGUAGAAGAUUUUAAAGGAAAGAUGCGUGUCGUUGUCCCAAGAAAUACUACUGUCCCCACCAAGAAUCUACUACUUUUCUCAACUGUUGUAAGCGGGCAAACUUGCAUAAAGAUUCCUGUGUAUGAGGGGGAAAGAAUAGUUGCCAAAGAGAACAGAUUGUUGGGUACAUUUAAGCUCAAAGGCAUUCGUCCUGCUGCAAGGCGAGUCCCUGAGGUCCACAUUUGGUUUGAGAUUGAUGCCAAUGGAAUUUUGAUCGUCUCUGCUGAGGAAAAAUCAACGGAAAAUAAGAGUGUAAUCACACUAACAAAUCAUAGCAAAGGAAUGCUAUGUAAGGAGGAAAUCGAGAAGAUGGUCAAGGAGGCAAAUAAGUAUAAGUCAGAGGACGAGGAGAAUAAGAAGAAAUUGGAGGCUAAGUUGGUUUUGUUCGACUAUACAUAUAACAUGAAGGACACAGUUUCUAAUCUACCUAAGCUCAACCGAGCAGACAGAAAGAAAAUUUCGAAUGCAGUUGAAGAGGUGAUUAAGUGGCUUGAUGAGAAUGAGAACCAACUUGCUGAAUGCGAAGAAUACAACAGCAAGAUGAAAAAACUUGAAAACAUCUGCAAUCCCAUAUUUACCGAGAUGUACAAGGGUGCUAGUACUCCCAAGUCCUUAUUAUAA